CAUCUCGGGAGGGGAAAUGGAACCCCAAAGCCCUAGCAGCUGAACUAAACCUCAACCGCAAAGCUAUAGAGUAUAUCACCUCACUUCGCUUACUCUGCUGCUACUGAGAAACUUCAAUACUCUCAUUUUCCAUUGUAACUUAAGCCAGUACGGUGAACCAUGAGGCCGCCUAGAGGUGGCGGUUUUAGGGGCGGUAGAGACGGGGGACGAGGUGGUCGUGGCGGCUUUGGUCGAGGUCGCGGCGGCUUUGGUCGCGGUGGUGGUGGGGGGUUUCGUGACGAGGGACCUCCUUCUGAAGUAGUAGAAAUUUCUACAUUUCUUCAUGCCUGUGAGGGUGAUGCAGUAACAAAGCUCACCAAUGAGAAAAUACCAUAUUUCAAUGCUCCAAUCUUUCUACAAAACAAGACUCAGAUAGGGAAAGUUGACGAAAUCUUUGGUCCUAUCAAUGAAUCUUAUUUUUCUAUCAAAAUGAUGGAAGGCAUUGUGGCAACUUCAUAUUCGCCCGGGGACAAAUUCUACAUUGAUCCAAAUAAGCUUUUACCUCUUGCAAGAUUUCUUCCGCAACCAAAGGGACAGGCACAAGCAGCUGCAAGAGGUGGUCGCGGAGGAGGCAGAGGCGGUGGUAGAGGUGGUGGCCGAGGAGGUGGAGGCUUUCGUGGAAGGGGUGGUCCAAGAGGUGGUAGAGGUGGACCUCCUAGAGGAGGUUCCCGUGGUGGUGGCUUUAGGGGCAGAGGGAGAUCAUAGAAGAAUUGUGUAAUAUUAUUUGUGCUUUUCUCUAUCAAAGGUUUCAUUUUAAGUUGCAAUGGACAAACGAAAAUCACUACUUAGAUACUAAUGUGAACUUUAUUGUUGAUGAAGUGAUUUUUGCAAUAUUAUUUGUGCUUCUCUAUUAAAGAUUUC